AUGAAGAGACUUAAUUUAAGAAUAUCUUUACUUGUUUGCAUAGUAUCUUUAAUAUCGGCCUUUGACAAGGAUAAACCAUAUUGCUAUCAAUACAGAUGGAUAGCACCAAUAUUCCAUAAUAGACCUGAAAAAUAUAAUUGUACAUCGCUCAAAGGUAUUCCUUGCAUUGAACCUUUAUUCAUAACAGAGGAACCACCAAAUACAAUUGAAUUCUGGGAGAAUGAGGGAGAAGAUGGAACUUUAUGUCCUUUAACAACUGGAAAUGUUUGUGUAAAAUACACUUUUAUAUUCAAUAAUAACAUUCAGAACACAUCCUCAUUUUGUGGCAAAAUAGUAGAAGAUCAAAUGGUAGCUGUUACAUCAGGAUGUUAUCAACAGAACCUGGAUGGUCAUAUACUUGAGGCAUGUGCCUGUCAAUCCAGAAGAGGAAAAGAACCUUGCAAUGCAUCAAUGAAAAUACAAUAUUCUGGCAUUCUGUUGAUGACAAGCUUAUUAUUU